AUGGCAUCCACAGAUCAGGCCGGCGAGACCGCGGAUAAGCGCGAUGAGCAAAAGACACCUCUUGCCGUUGAAAAUAAAGCAGAACUAGAGGUCAAUGAUACGACGAAACUGAUGACAGAUGAUGAAGGCUCCGAAUGGGAGGAUCUAGAUGAAGUGCUAGACGAUUUCAGCGGCCCGAAACGACCAACACAAUCCACCGCGUCAUUGUCCUCAAAGCCGUCGCAUUCUCAGAAUGAUGCAUCAGAAGAUGCAUUUAUGAAACAACUAGAGGCAGACAUGCUCGCCCAGCUACUAGGUGCAGGUGGUGAACCCAGUGGCGAGGGCAAGGAGAAUGCAGCAGCACCAACGACAAAACAGACGGAAAAGGGCGCUCUACUAGACGAUCUGAGUUUCCUGCAAAACAUGUCAGAAAAGGACCUGGACAAAUUCGGCGAGUUAUUAGAAUCAGAGGGCGGAAUGACAAAAAUUGUUCAAGAGCUCUUCGGUUCAGAUGGGCCACCGGCAGGGGAUUCAACAAAAGGGAAGGACAAGCCUGUUACAGCGGCUGGAGAACCGUUCCAAGACACCAUUCAACGAACUCUAGAUCGCAUGAAAGAAUCAGGCGACAAGAUCACGGUAGAAGCUCAAACGAACCAGGACAAAUUAAUCGAUGCAUCGGUCAUGAAAUUGAUGGAAAUUAUGAACGAGACAGCUACGAGUGGCGGCAGUUUUAAUAUCGAGGAGGUAUUCAGUGAUAUUAUCAAAGAAAUGUCUAACAAGGAGAUGUUGUACGAGCCUAUGAAGGAGUACAAUGUCAAAUAUGGUCCUUGGUUGGAAGAGAAUAAGGCCACACUAUCGUCAGAGGACUAUGAGCGAUUUGAGAAACAGGCUGGUGUGGUGAAGAAGAUUGUCGAGAGAUUCGAGGCUGAGGAUUAUACGGAUGAGAAACCGGAAUGCCUUGCUUCGAUUUGGGAUCUUAUGCAACAGAUGGAAGCUUGUGGUCCUCCUCCAGAAGACCUCAUCAAAGGUUCUAUGGGCGACGGAGUCCUACCCAGUCUUACCCCGUUUUUAGAUCGUAAUGAGCCUGAAGGGGACAAAGGUAACAAAGAUCCCGACCAGAUACCUCCUCCAGAAUGCAACCCGCAAUGAACGACAAUUUAGAAAUGAAGUUGUUGUCUUUAAUCUAUGUGGAAACUUGGAACAAUUUCGACAUGUGAUUCGGUUCUUGCCAAGGGAUGCUCUCGGCAGUGCAAAUUAUGUAUAUAGAAAGACGAUGACUCCUUUUUA